AUGGCCGAUACGGCUGCGAACAGCACGGGGGCAACCGAGAUGCCCCUUGCCUUCAUGCCAGCCCCCAACGGCAGCGAGUCGAAUGAGGCUAUUGGACCUGGAGCGAUUGAGACCGCAACGUCUUCCUCCAAAAGUCCAGUGCCCGCCGAAUUGUCGAGUGAGCAGAAAGUCGACCUGGAGCACCGAAAUGAUGUCCUGUCAGGGGAGGACCAGGAUGGCCUCUUGCCAGGUGGCAAAGAGCUUCACCAAACAAUGGACCAGAUGAACCAAGGAAUCAAUGAGAUUGCUGCUUCGGUCAAAUCAUUGUGCUCCAGGUUUUCUAUGCCACCUGUUCAGUCGACCUGGCCAAUCCACUACCGGCCACCACCGCAACCACCCUUUCCAUUCAGGUCCCGUUCCGUAUCUUCAGCGUCCAGCAUUUCGAGGACUUGGAUGAGGCCACCAGCAGUCUUAGAAGCGAAGGUGCGGGAGUACGACUGGGAAAACUUCAUGAAUCGCUUUUCCGAUGAGCAUGAAAACUAUGCCAUUGAGGUUCUUGUUUCUGGGCCUGAUCUUCAAGACGAGAUCAAUCAGGAGAAGAAGAAACGCGGGGAAAAGGCGCCAAAACCCGAGACGGAAGAGGUUACCCCGGAAGCAUCAUCAACUCGCAAACCCUGGAUUCAGCAGGUGCGGAUUCAGUCUUCCGCUAUCCUCUCAUUCUUAAGGAUGCUUCUGGGCAAGGAAGCCGCCUGGUGGGAUGCCGAUGUGAAGACGUUUAAGAGACCUUUCCGGGCUUUCAUUCUUCUCCAAUCGAAAGCGAAAGUGGAAUUGGAAAAGAUCGAAGAAUAUCUGCUUCGUCACCCAACGGAAGCCAAACCUGAACAAAGCUCAACAGCCUCUGAGAUCCCGGCAGAAUCUUCCGAGCAUUCCACGACCGAGAACGAGGUGGCACGUCUUGAUGCUCCAGCGAGGUCACGCAGCAGGUCACGUAGCAGGUCCCCGAUGCCCACGGUGGAAACUGAGGAGCUCACCACGGAGUAUAUUGCUCAGCUGCCAGGUGCGCUGGAACAGAUCCGUUGUUACGUUGAGUUUGUUGACAAAGACAUCCUCCCAUUCUACCAAGAAUUCGAGAAUAUCGACCCCAAGAAACCUCCCAAGGUUCGCUUUGAAGACCUUUGGUACGUCUUUCGAGUUGGCGAGCUACUAUAUACGCCGAGGCAGAAGGAUUCUUCGCAGAAGCAAGACAAGAAGGAAAAUCAAGACAAGCAGAAUGAACAGAGGCGCCAAACCAGCGCCUGGGAAGACCACGACGUAGCCACAAGACAAACCAUCUGGAGAAUACAUGGCGUCCAUAUACCAGGUGACGAAGGAAAAUUCGGCGUUACUAGUUCGGUGAACCUCUUUUGUCAUUACAUCGAUUUCGAUGGCACAGAGUUCGGUGCUGUCGAGAAAGAGUUCCAGCUGAGACCCUACGAUGAUGAACGAAACUUGACUGCGUUGGCAGCAUACCCUUUAAGAUUUGCAGCUAACGCAGCUCAAAUCUUGGAUCAGGCUAAAGUCAUAGGCAGAAAAUUCCUAGCGAGUAUUCACAACCGCCAUGGUGCGUAUAGCGGCUGGACUCUGUUACACGAUCCACAGGGACUACCAAUGCCAAAUACCUCUGGCGAUUUCACAAGGACACCUGAGCAUAUCAAUAGCGAGAUCAUUGUCGAUUUCCACGAAGGUCUCAACCAAAGUCCAUGGUGGAAGCCCUCGAUCUUUUCUGGAAGUAGCUCUCUCGACAUUCGUACGAGGUACGGGCCAACUGAAGACAGACACAUCGUGUGGUCCGACAAAGAUCGCAAGGAGAAAUUGCGUGUACGAGAUAUAGAUAUAUUCUCGAGUGAUGGAAUGCACGAUUACGAAUAUCAAGAGUUCAUGAAGGACCACAAAUACUUGAGACCCAAGGCGGAGGACGAUCGUCGGAGGACGGAGCCAGAAGGCGAAGACAUUGCUCUCCUCCCAAGGCGCAUCAUUGGCUAUGCCUUGUGGGAGCGAAAAUUUGUACUACUCGACUUGAAUUUUCUUGAUCAAAUGGCUGUAACAGCCAGGGACAACGCAUUCGACAAACUUGAAAUCGAUCACUUACACAAGAGGCUCAUACAGUCUAUUGUCAGUGCCCAUUUCAAAAGCAGAGACAUCGAGAAAGGCGGAAAAGGAUUGGGCACUCAAGACAUCAUCCGGGGUAAAGGCAAGGGCCUUGUGCUUCUCCUUCACGGAGUCCCGGGUGUUGGUAAGACGGCGACAGCGGAGGCGGUCGCCCAGAAAUGGGGAAAACCUCUCUUUCCCAUCACUUGCGGUGACCUGGGUCUCACGCCUGAAAGUGUGGAAAAAUCCCUGAAUGGAAUUUUUCGCCUCGCUCAUUUGUGGGAUUGUGUGCUUCUGUUAGAUGAGGCAGAUGUCUUCAUUAGUCGCCGUACGCAUGGAUCAGAUCUGCAAAGGAACGCUCUCGUCUCAGUAUUCCUUCGCAUGUUGGAAUAUUACAACGGAAUUCUCUUCCUGACCACCAAUCUUCCCGGUUACCUUGACGAGGCUGUCAAGUCUCGUGUACAUCUCAAUUUGCGAUACGAUGCGCUUACCCUCGAGCAAGUUAAGGGCAUAUUUCGGCUGAACAUAAAUCAGUUGAACGAGAUAGAGCGAGAACGUUCUCAAGCCUUGGGUACAACGCAAAUGGACAUUUUCGAGGAAGAAAUCAUUGAUUUUGCAGAGGACCACUGGAAGAGCCACACCGAAGAGCUUGGUCGUUGGAACGGGCGACAGAUUCGCAAUGCUUUCUCUAUUGCAUCAUCGCUGGCACAUUUUGAUGCGGAAGGGAAAGCUGGAAGAGCAGUACAACUGCGCAAGUGUCAUUUCCAAGAAGUCCAGAAGGCUACAGUUCUUUACGACAGAUACAGGUAUUCUAUCCUGACUGCAUCAGAUGGUGAUAGAGCGAAACAGUUCGAGGCUCGGAACGACGACUUCAACGAACGCACCUUCACACAGCGCGGAAAUGAGGCCGCACAAGGCAGUGCUCUGUACUCCAGGCUAAGUGUCCAAAAUACGCCGAGCCGAGCCCAAGGUCCGUACGAACAGAGAGGGGCCAGCCCCCAACCGACACCGUCCCAGCCUGCGUUGGGUAUCAGAAGUGCACCUGAGUCGGCCGGCUUCUCUCAGAAUCAGCAGGCAGGCUACCACACGCCACGACAGAAGCAACCUGGCUUCUACCCGCCCCCUCAGGCAUCUCCUAAUUUGCAGGAACGUCCCGGAGGAUAUCCCCCCACGCCACAGGAUUUCUAUCCUACACAGCAUACAGGAGUGUCAAUACAGCAGCACAUUUCUCACUCUCAAACGUCCUCGCUGCCAUACCGGGACGAUGCCGUUCGUGACCUUCAAGGACAGACAGGCUAUGGUCAGGCGCAGGCCACGAUCCAUGGAAGCGGUCAUUACACCAACUUGUGA